AUGUCGUGGUGUAUAAAACAUCCUGAAUAUUCAAAAGAAAAUGAUAGGAUCAACUCGUACAUACACGCCCGAACGAGAAGUUUUGUUAGCGAAUGUAGAAUCGAACUCGCUGAAGCAGGAUUCUUCUACGCAGGAAAAAAGGACCAAACGAUUUGUUUUUACUGCGGUGGUGGACUACACCAUUGGCAAGAUAUCGAUGAUCCUUGGGAAGAACACGCGAAAUGGUUUCCCAAGUGUCCGUUCGUAUUGGUACACAAAGGACAAGAUUUCGUCAACGAAAUGAGAUCCAGAACCGAAAGAAACGCCCUACAAAAGAAAAGGAUUCCAACAAACAACAUUGCUGUACCCCCACCGAUAGAAGAAUCAAACAUCGAGUGUAUAAUAUGCAUGAACAAAAAUCGUAAUCUACUCUUCUUGCCAUGCAAACACUGUUUCGCUUGUGACAUAUGCGGAUGGAGAUUCGAUAACUGUUGUUACUGUAGAGCUCCUAUAAUUUCUAUGAUCCAAGUGUUUUUAGUUUAG